GCGGGCCGGGGCGGGGGCAAGCGGCGGCCGGGCGGGCUGCGGGGAGCCCGAGCGGCGCGUUAAAGCGGCCCGUCCCCCGCCGGCGGCUCCCGCGCCUCUCUCGCACGGCCGGCGCCGGCCCUCGCUGCGCGCCGCGGCGGCCCUCACGCCAAUGAGGGCCCGGACCCCGGCCCUCGCCGCCUCCGGAGCCGCCCGCAGCCUCCCGGCCCGACCCCCCGCCCGCCGCCGCCCGGCCGGCGCGGGCGGCCCGGACCCAUGCGGCGGCUCCAGGAGCGCUUCAGGAGGUUCAUGAACCACCCAGCUCCAGCAAACAGCCGCUACAAACCUACUUGCUAUGAACAUGCUGCUAACUGUUACACACAUGCAUUCCUCAUUGUUCCUGCCAUUGUGGGCAGUGCCCUUCUCCACCGGCUUUCUGACGAUCGAUGGGAAAAGAUAACAGCAUGGAUGUACGGCAUGGGACUCUGCGCGCUCUUCAUCGUUUCCACAGUAUUUCAUAUAGUCUCUUGGAAAAAGAGUCACUUAAGGACCAUGGAGCAUUGUUUUCAUAUGUGUGACAGAAUGAUGAUCUAUGUCUUUAUUGCUGCAUCAUAUGCACCAUGGUUAAAUCUACGUGAGCUUGGACCUCUGGCAUCUCAUAUGCGUUGGUUUAUCUGGCUAAUGGCUGCUGGAGGAACCAUUUAUGUAUUUCUCUACCAUGAAAAGUAUAAGAUUGUUGAACUCUUUUUCUAUCUAGCAAUGGGAUUUUCUCCUGCUCUGGUAGUGACAUCCAUGAGUAACACCGAUGGACUUCAGGAGGUCGCCUGGGGAGGCUUGAUAUACUGUCUGGGUGUGGUGUUCUUCAAGAGUGAUGGAAUCAUUCCCUUUGCCCAUGCCAUCUGGCACAUAUUUGUGGCCACAGCAGCUGCAGUUCAUUACUAUGCCAUUUGGAAGUACCUUUACAGAAGUCCUGCAGACAUUAUUCGCCACUUAUGAAAUUUGGGGAAGAAAAAAAAAUCUGCACUUGGCCUCUGUAGCAGUAUUAUUUGACUUAAGGAAUUUGGGGAAAUUGGAAAGUUGCACAGGAAAAAAUGCACUGACUUUGAUAGUUCUCUGAACAUAAUUACUGUGAACCGAUGUUGUGUGUGUCCUGGAAUUGCCCUUCAUAUGGCAAGUGCUGUAAAUAACCAAGAUACUGUACUGCAGUACUAAGAGUCCAUUCCAUGUUAGUUGAACUGGCUACCUGAUGUUUACAAAUAAAUUUUGUAUUCUAGUUUAAUUUUACAAUUUUUAACUACAUGAAUUUUUUCUAAAUUAGUGAUUCAAAUGGUGAAGUCAGUGCAAUAACAAAAAUGUAAUUCUGUUGAUCUGAAAUUGGUUUCUAUCGCCUUUCCACUAGUCAUUCACUAAACAUGAAUCACAGAUGGAUAAUCUACUUUCACCACCCAUUAUCUUGGUAUAAUGCGACUUUUAUAGAAACUUGUUGUGUUUUUUGUAAACUUUAAAAAUACAUUUAUUGAACUGAAAACACACAACUGUCAUCUAUGCAGUUACUCAUAUUGCAGAAUCUUGCAAGAAAUGGUUACAUUCCACAUGCUGUGCUGACAAGCAAACAUUGUACCUCUCCAAAGGUUGUACUACAGGUAUAGUUGUAAUAACCACUUUUACAAACUAAAACCUAAAUGUGAUUCUGCCAGGUUUUAACAUGAAAACAUCUGUAAUAUUAUUGCUCAUCUAUGGUACCACUUACACGGCACCUUAAUUUGGCUAUAUCGAUGAUGGAAAGAAGUGCUUUCAAGAAAUAGGUAAUGCUAGUUUAUCUUUUCAAGAUCCCCAAUUCUACUCUGUGCUGCCCAGUCGGGUGGCAGUUUGGAUGAGAGCACGCUCAUCGAGGCUUGGCAGUAUUAAUGAAGGUGGCCAGCUCAUAGCCCACUCUCCAAAUUAGAGAGUCGUUAAUUUGCCGAAAAUGUAUAUACACAUACUGGUGCUGUAAUACUAAGGCUUGGAUUUUCAAAGGGAUUUAAACGGGCUGACAGAACCAAUUUCCACCAACUUUCAUUGGGGUCAUUUGAUGGAUGUUUGGUUCAGAAAGCAGGUGGAGAGCAAUCACUGACCACUUAAAAUUUGUGGUUAUUGGGUCUUUGCAAGCAUGGCCUUCUAGGGAGGAAGGCGUGGAGAUCUUGACACAGUGUCACUUGUCAUUCUGGGACUUCCCACAGAGUAAAACUGGUCUUUAAUUGUAUUGCUGUCUUUCUGUACAGGAAAAUAAAAUGUGGUAGCAAGUUAUGACUGUAGAACAUGUGCAUUAAAUGACCAGAUGUGGAAGCCUCAUUGUAAUACUGUUUGUCCAAUAAUUGUAUCCUGUCCCACUAUAUUAUGAAUGUCUUAUAUUAAGAUUGACUUUAUCCUUUUUCUAAUUUACUCACUUUUUCAUGUCAGUGUUUAAAAACAAAACGUGUUGCCUUUUUCAGAUUUUGUUCUGGAUAUUGCCUGUCUUCAGACAAUAGGUAGUAAGAUAGGGAUGUUUUUCAAGGUACUGUUUAAUACUUCACCUAGAUUUGCCAGCAGGUUGCAUAUUUUAGAAUAUAUACAUUUGUAUAUGAAAUUUGCAAGAGGGACAAACUUUCAAAUCAAGGCAUUGAAAAAGAAUUGCUGUACGGGUGAUUGGAAAAACAGCACCGCUGCAGCAGACUAGUUAACUGCCCCGAAAGAGUACAAAUGAAACAGCUGGGCAGGUAAUUCCUAGUACAACAGUCUCGAACAUCUGGAUGCCUCAGUUUUUUAACAUUGUGUCUAUUUUAAUAUUUUCACUUUUUGUGAGUUCAUAUACCUUGUUUAAACGCAGUACUGUUAAAAACCACUAAAAUACACGUAAAAGUUUUCUCUAGUCAAAAGUAGAACUAUUGCUUGAAUAUGUUUGUUUUAAUUUUAAGUUAAUUUUUCAUGGCAUUGCUUUUUGGAGUGUUUGAAAUGGGUUUUUAAAAAUAUUUGAAUUCGCCAAAAAUAUUUUGAAUUACUGUAUUCUAGUCAAUAUGAUAUUGAAUGUACUAGACUAAACAAUAAACAUUUUGUGCAAUUUGGAAA